UGGAAUUUGAAAGCUGCUUUUGUUGUGUGGGUACCAGCAGUUUGGAUCAAUAUGAUUAAUUUCCAUUGUGUUCCACAGAAGGAAGUCAGUCGGGUCUGGAACAACAUGAGGGUUCGCAAAUUGGCCUUUGAAUUAGCUACUUUCCAUGGAUUACCUUGUCCAGUGGAGUGGGCAAACAAUGGCAUGGCAGGAGAAAGCUGGUUCACCAACUUCAUGCGAAGGGACCAGAAUCUCUCCGUUAGGAGACCUCAAGCUACAAGUUUAACCAGAUCAACUAGUUUUAAUGAAAAAAAUGUGGAGACCUUCAACAAUCUGGCCACAGUCUAUAGAAGGUAUGGCUUUGAAUCCAAAGACAUUUGGAAUGUCGACGAGACAGGUCUCACGAUUGUCCAAAAACCUGGCCUUCUUGUUUCCACAAAGGGAGAACGAAGAGUCGGUAGUGUGACAUCAGCUGAGAGGGGAGCCCUUAUCACCAUGGCACUCACAUCACAAAGUCCUGCUCCUGCAAUCACUGGACAAGACUGUGUAUGGGCCACUGAAAAAAAACACUUCAGCUGUGAGAUGGACAAGUGGCACUGGAAGAAUCCAGGAGAAACACUCACUCUCUAUGACCUGCCACAAUUGCUCAACAACAUCUUGCUGAUGGGAGCAUCACCACAAAAUGUCAAGAAGGGGUUUAGGAGUACUGGGAUCUGGCCAUUCAACCCAGAUAUCUUCAGUAAAGAUUACUUUCUUCCAGCUUCAGUGACUGACAGACCACCUCCAGAUGAAUCUCUUCCUGGGCUGUCCACCUCCACCUUCACAUCUGCUCCUGAGCCGUCCACCUCCACCUUCACAUCUGCUCCUGCGCCGUCCACCUCCACCUUCAUAUCUGCUCCUGAGCCGUCCACCUCCACCAUCACAUCUGCUCCUGGGCCGUCCACCUCCACCUUCAUAUCUGCUCCUGGGCCGUCCACCUUCAUAUCUCCUCCUGGGCCGUCCACUGGUGCCCUGGCUCUUCCUGAGCCAACAAUGACCGUAAAUUCAGAUGGUCUUCAGGAAGUAACCCUCACUUUAGUUCCUGUUCCUCUGUCACUGCAAGAGGAGGAAGUCACCACCACUAAAGAGAAUGUUCCAGUUUUUUGUCCUGAAAUAAUCAAGCCCUACCCGAAAGCUGGCCCCAGAAAGUCCCAUGGUUAGCGUCGGAGGAAAAGAACCAGUCAUAUUCUCACUGAUACCCCUGUAAAGGAGGACCUUGAAGAGGAGAGAAGGCCCUCCUUAAAAGUGAAAAGAAAGA